GUCAAGCAAGAAAAGCAACAAACCGAAGGGUUUCAGUUCUAAUGUUACUGAUUAAAAAAAGAUGACGGAGUUGCAUCAGGCAGCAGCUUCUGGAGAUUAUGAUCUAGUGGAAGAAAUUGUGGGGAAAAAAUCGUGUGACCCUAAUCAGAGAGACUUAGACUGGAACAAGAAGACCCCGUUGCAUUGGGCAGCAUCCAAAGGCCAAACAGAGAUGGUUCGGAUAUUAAUUGAAAAUGGAGCCAGGGCUUGUUUGAGGACGGAUAAUGGAUGGACAGCCGCACAUUUUGCAGCAGAGUCUGGAAAACUAGCAGUACUUCGACUCCUUCAUUCCCUACAUGCACCUGUAGACAAAGAGGAUUCCUCCGGCGAUAAACCUGUCAGGAUUGCUGAAAUCUAUGGCCAUGAAGAUUGUGUUCAUUUUCUUAAAAAGGCAGAGAUUGAGAGCAGAAACUACAGGCAAAUGGCAAAGAUAAAUGGGCUGCCCUUAGACGAUACUGAUGAAGAAUGGGAAAAGGAGAGAAAAGAAGCCAAAAAACAAGUCAUUAAAAAGUAGGUUUUAUCAGGACAUGGUAGCAAAAUACAAAUUAAUGGAUGCUUAUAGGCAACAUCUGCAAUUUUUGUUGCACGUCUAACUGAAAUGAAUAUAGUAAAGAUAGUAAAAUAUUAAACAAAGCUUGGUGGACGAACAGAAUUAAUAUUCAUGACUGUCAAUAAUUAAGAGUAAUACCAAGUAGGCUAUAUAUAGACAUACAAGCAUAAAUAUACAUACAUUAAUCUACAUAAAACUGAAUAAACCAUUUAAGAAAAAAAAUUACUCAUUCACCUAUUUCAUGCCAAAAUUCAUAUUCAUCUACAACUUUUACAAGUUCUGACUAUUAGAUAUCAAUAAGCAUAAAUAUACUUACAUUAAUAUAUGUCAAAUUUAAUAAACCAUUUUCAAAAAUAAAAAGAUUUCAUUCACUAAAUUGUACGCCUGAAUUAAUAUUAAUCUUUGACUUUCAACCGUUUUAAGUAUAAGCUAUAAAGGGCAUAAUUAUACUUACAUGAAUAUACACAAAACUGAAUAAACCAUUUUCA